ACGUUUUUGUGACGUCAUCAGAUAUCCAUCUUUAUAAGAAACCGGGGAAGGUAGGCACAAUCACCAUUCACCCGAAGACUUGCGCUUGGAACCAAAGGCAAUAUUGUUUCAGACAUGGUAAAACGUCCCCUGAUUCUCACCCUGUUUGGGUUGAUGCAGUUGGCGGCAACACAAGCCAACAUCUACCAAGAAUUUGCCUGUGCAAAUGGUCUCGGCUAUCGUCCUGGCGACUGUCCAGGAAAUGACAUUAGCUUUCAAGUGUUGAACCUGCAGGCCUGCAGUGACAAGUGUAAGGCAACCAGCUCAUGCGUGGCCUUCCUUUGGCAUGAAGCCAGUCACUGCUACAUCAAGAAUAAAAGCUGUACAAGUACAACAACUGCGAAUCCAGCCAAUCACUUCUUUGAUAAGACUGCCACCACUUACCAAGCAUUUGCUUGUGCAAAUGGCCUCGGCUAUCGUCCUGGCGACUGUCCAGGAAAUGACAUUAGCUUUCAAGUGUUGAACCUGCAGGCCUGCAGUGACAAAUGUAAGGUAACCAGCUCCUGCGCGGCCUUCCUGUGGAAUGAAGCCAGUCACUGCUACAUCAAGAGUAAAAGCUGUACAAGUACAACAACUGUGAAUCCAGCCAAUCACUUCUUUGAUAAGACUGGUGAAGCGAAUCCUGACCAGGAUUGUAUGAUCCAUUACCCUGGCAAGCACGCCCACGGUGCCUAUCCAAUUAAAGGCGCUGAUGGCAAAGAACGAGGUUGGACCGCAGAUAGCUGCAGCGACUACUGCGCCGGAACGGCCGACUGCAAGGCUGUCGACUACGUUGGAGCUGACACAACCUGUCACCUCCACACGAGUUAUCAGCCACUUAUAGAUGUGACACAGGCUAGCACAGGACAAGUUCAGUACAAUACGGUAUCAGAAUACAGGAAGAGGGAAGGAGUCAGUAUCUGUCCAGGCUAUUAAAAGAACAUCGUGCCAUAACAUUCCUACUGGAAUUUGGACAACAAGAACGCCAGAGAAAUACUUCGAAUUCCCAGUCCAAUGUUUAUCUUAGAAUAAACUUAUUUCAAGCCUAGAAA